UACCUCCAAAGCCAAGGACAGCACGAGUUCAGGCACUCCUCCCCCGGUGCGGAACGGGGGCCACGGGGGCCCUGCCCCAGCCCCAGGCAGCAGCGCUCAGCUCUCCGUCAGCCAGCCCCAGAACGCGGCCGGGCCCAGUCCCCACGCGCUCAGGAGAGCUGUGAAGAAGCCAGCACCAGCCCCCCCCAAACCAGCCAACCCACCGCCAGGGCAGCCAGGCAGCCAGAGCUCUCCCCCAGCUGCUCAGCCACCUUCUGUCUCUCCAAAACCACCUGCUAGAAGCUCUUCUCCUCCUGCUCAACAAGCAAACCAAGGAGCAGCCCCAACCUCCUCUUCCCAGGUUUCUGCACCUCGGAGAUAUUCCAGCAGCGUUUCCCCAAUCCAAGCUCCCAACCACCCACCCCCACAGCCCCCAACACAGGCAACUCCUCCACUGCAGCCCAAAGCAAACAGCCAAGCAUCUCCCUCCCCUGGCAGCGAGCACGGACCAGAGCAGCCCUGUUACACUCCUCCGCAGACUCCGACACCACCCGACACCCCUCCCCUGGGCAAGCACCCCAGCAGCUCCCCCUUGGCCCUGCGCGGCCAGGCCCCCUCUCUACCUCAGGGUGGGACACUGCCCCGGCCACGGCCAGUGCCCAAGCCCAGGAACAGACCCAGCAUCCCCCCUCCGCCUCACCCUCCCUCCCAGCUGCCUGGAGAUGGGAUCGUUGCCAAUCCCACGCAAACAGCUUCCAAAAUAGUCACAGACUCUAAUUCCAGUAUUCCAGAACCACUUGCAAACCCUCCUUCAGAGCCUCCUACAGAGCCUGCGAGCAGAGAGCUGCACAACCACCUGCUACUGGACAUUGACCACGACACGGAGAGCACCGCACUGUGA